AUGUUUCGAUCCAGCCUUAGGCGCUGUGCCCUGCAGGCCAGAACCGCCGCAUCGGCUGCCCUCUUCUCUCAGACUCGAGCCGCUCUACCGGUUGCCCGCAGUCAGGUCUUGACAACCCAGUUAUCUAUCGCCUCUAUCAACAGACUUACCUCUUUCACCCGAGCUUACAGCAGCGAGGCCGUUGCUGAGCAGGGUUCAGAGGCUGCUUCAACAGAUGCCGAACCUAGUGUCCGCUUCGCUGAGCUUGAGGGCAUCAGCGACAGCCUCCUCCGUGUUAUCCUUGAUGACAUGAAGUACGAUACCAUGACAGCUGUCCAGGCCAAGACUAUUAAGCCUGCUCUUAAGGGUACUGAUAUCGUUGCUCAAGCCAAGACCGGUACCGGAAAGACCAUCGCAUUCCUUUUGCCUCUUUUGCAAAGAAUGAUCGAGGAAGAUCCUUCCCUCGCUGAUAGAUCUGCCCGACGAGAAGCCCGAUCCGACGAUAUCCGUGGGAUUGUCCUAUCCCCCACCCGAGAGCUGGCUGAGCAGAUUGCCAUGGAGGCUCGCCGCCUGGUUGCCCAAACUGGUCUUGUUGUUCAGUGUGCCGUUGGUGGUACUGAUAAGCGCUCGAUGCUAAACCAGACUCGCCGACAGGGAUGCCAUCUUCUUGUCGCCACUCCUGGUCGUUUGAACGAUCUCUUGCAGGAUAGCAGUAGCGGUAUCGAUGCCCCCAACCUGGCCGCUAUGGUCCUGGAUGAGGCCGAUCGAAUGCUUGAUGUUGGUUUCGAGAGGGAGCUCAACGAAAUCACUAGCUGCCUUCCCCGCCCCGAAGAGAAGAUUCGCCAGACCAUGCUCGUCUCUGCCACAAUCCCCGAUAGUGUUAUUCGCCUGGCUCGAACUAUGGUCCGAGCCAACGACUUUGAAUUCGUUCAAACCAUUCCCGAGAACGAGUCUCUUACCCACGACAAGGUCCCCCAACAUAUUGUCCCUGUCUCCAACUGGACCAACGUCUACCCUGCUCUUUUCGAGUUGAUGGACCGCGAGGCCGCCAAGGCUCGCGAGGACCCUUCUGCACUUCCCUUCAAGGCAAUUGUUUAUCUUAACACCACCGCCAUGGUCGAGCUUUCUGGCGAGCUGGCCUUCCAACAUCGCCAAAACGCCCGUAACAACAACCAGCCCUACAUGGCCUCUUAUGUUCUCCAGUCCAAGCUUAGCCAGCAGGCACGCCAGAAGGCCGCCGACAAGUUUCGCGAGGCCAAGUCCGGUGUUCUCUUCUCUUCCGAUGUCACCGCCAGAGGAAUGGAUUUCCCCAAUGUGACACACGUUAUCCAGAUCGACACUCCCCGAGACCGCGAGUCUUAUAUCCAUCGUCUUGGACGAACUGGCCGACAGAACAAGGAGGGACAGGGCUGGUUGAUCAUCCCUCACUCGUCCGUUCGCGCUGCUCGCAAGAUGCUUACUGGACUCCCUAUCCAGCAGAACAGCUCUCUUGAGAGUGCCGAGACUGAUGUGGCGGGUGGUGAAGUUACUCCCUUCCACGAGACCACCAAGGCUCUCUUUGGUGUUUUGCCUCGCAGUCUCCUUGCCACAGCCUACACCUCUAUGUUUGGUCUCGCCACCGAUAAGGCUGAGAUGGCCGAGGAGGUCAACAACUGGACUCGCCACGGAUGGGGAUGGGAGAUUCCUCCUCACGUUUCCCCUAUGUGGGCUCAGAAGAUGGGUGUGACCCGUGUCAGUGGCAUGAACACAACUCAGAGAGACCCCCCGGAUGAGCGACGUGGUGGUGAUGAUCGCCGAGGCGGUUACGGAGGCGAUCGACGUGGCGGUGGUGGUGGUUAUGGAGGCGACCGACGUGGUGGUUACGGUGGUGACCGAGGCGGUCGUGGAGGUGACCGUGGUGGUGACCGUGGUGGACGACGUGGACGAAGUGGUGAUCCCUUCGACUCUAUGUCGGAGAACGUCCGCCGUGAUGACUUCGGCCGUGGUAGCCGUGGCGGCUUCGGUGGCCGAGGUGGUGGCCGUGGUUACGGCCGUUCGUCUUCUUCGUUCUAA